AUGGCUGAAAAACCAGAUUUCUUUUAUGAAGACUUCGCAAAUGGAGCAACUGUCAUCGGAAACUGGCAGGGAAAGGUAAAGGUUUCUUUAACGGCUACGAUAAACUAAACCAUUAGAGAUAUUUAUAAUCACAUUUGCGGCAAACGGCAAAUGUAUUUGUACCACGUAACCAAGUUUUCCCGUUACCUGUUUUUAACUGUUCUUUCCUUCUACAAAAAAAAUUUCAGUUUCACGUACAUGAUUUCAUCUAUAAGAAUUGCUUUGGGCUGUUUUUAUCAGCUUUUUUUCUAUUUUUAGAAAUUCUUAACUUGAAUCUACCGUUUUCCGUUUGCAGAAACCUUUACUAUCUCUCUAUUGUUGUCUUUCUUACCAUAGUCGUUUUUUUCUGUUUAGCAUACUUUCGAUACAGGUAGCUAUUUUAACUAACUUUGAAAUCUUGGAUUCUUAUCAUAACUUAUAUUUGUUAUCCAAAACACUGGGCCUCACUUAACCCACGGUUAAGCCAAAUUUUAAGCCAAAUUUUCUUUUCAGGUAACCUGAACUCCUAAAAUAUUGUUGGGACUACACCCUGAAGUGUGGUUUCAAACUUUUUACAAGUAGAGAUAAUUACUGAAAAAAGCAGGAUAUAAAAGCACUAACUUGAUGAGCAUUCACUUAUUUCUAGCCAAUCAUUGUAAUUAGACUAAUUAGCAUCAAUUAUAGUUUAUUUUCUUCUUUUCUUCAAACCUUUAUUGGUGUUCUUUGCUGCUCUUACGACAGAAUUAUAUCAUCAAGAUGCAAAUUAAAACCCUGAAACUUGACUUAAAAGUGGUUGUUCGAGAGACUGGCUCUUGGGUUGUACGUUUUAUAUUUUAAUCUUAACUUGACCCUUAUCUUGAUUUCCAGGAAAUUACCUUUAUCCUUAUUUUUGGUUAAGUUUUGGGUUCUUUCUAGCGUUUUUAUCGAAUUUAUAAGUUUAUGCUUUUUUCUUCCAUUUUCUUUUUUUUUUUUUUACAAUAAUGGUAUAGAAUAUUUCCCAAUUCACGGGUGUUGUUUAAGGUAUAUGUAAAUAUCUGUUGUUGUAAUUUCUGCUCUCUACCGCGAACUGCAUUUUUAAUUUGUCCUCUCAGUUUCCAGUCACGUCCCAUAAUUAUAGUCUUCCGAACUAAUUGGUCCAUUUCAUAAAAAAAAAAUUGCUAGGGUGCCACAAAUGAUUGAAGCCGUAACGUACCACAUUCAACAACACUUAACAUACAAUAUCCCCUGUAUGAACAUCGCCAGACAGUGAGUCAACGAGAACAACAAAUUUCUGACAUACCUCGAGCCUUCUUCAACACAAAACCCGGGGGAUGGACGCCAAAAACCCGCUGUUGUAAAGUGUCAUACAAAGGUGUUCUGCUUUGCAUUUUUUAACGUGCCAGGAGAGAACAGGCUUUUCUGAACACGACAACAGCGGAUACAGACAAAUCACCCAAUAAUGUGGUUGGAAGGCAAGGCGCAUGCGUUUAUUUUGUUACUCCACUAAUGUAACACUAAUGUAACGACGCCUAUGGGUCAGGUUCCUUAUCAAUGAUAGUUUAGGCCAAAUUUUAAGCAAAGUUUUCUAGCCUAGGAACAAACAACUAGAGCUUUUGAAAUAAUUAUUUCCCUUGAUUUUUUUUGGACAGUCAAGUUUUCUAAUGAUGGACACUUUAGUGGCUGCCUUAAUAAAGUGUCGUAUGAGUGA